AAAUCCAAACCCGAUCUACUAUGAAACCCUUCUCUUUUCUUCCCUGCACACGGCACAGUAGCGUGACUUUUCUCCUGCGAUUUUUGAUCGCGACUUCUUCUUCCUCGGACUAGGGCACGCGGCACACCGCCGGCUUUCUUCUUCUUCCUUCUCUCCGGUCGGAGGCUUCUUCCUUUGCUUUCCCUUGCCGUCGGCCGGUCCUCCACAUCCAUUUCUCCUCUUCUCCGAUCUUCUCAUCUCGGCGAUGGCAGCAAACUCGGCGAUUCCUUUGGGCGGACAGCAGCGUGGGUCUAGGGUUCUCUUGACGGCGGAGCGUUCUCCUCCGGCAAGACGGCGUUCCAAAGGUGGGCAGAACUCUAGCAUCUCAGUGUGUCCAAUUCCGGGAGAAGCAAGCUCCAUCUCAGUUGUGUAUCAAUUUUCAGCCGAAGAUCAGUCAUUGAGAUUGCUGUUCACCAGUGAUGGCAUUCCAAAUCUAGGCCCUUUGUUGUGGCAAAAGACGAAACGCUCGCCCCCAGCGCCCCGCCGUACCCGAUCCAAGGCCAUCACGAGGGAGGUAAAUCGCAACAUCCGAGCGAGCAUGUGACGGACAAGGUGUAAUGCGGAGAUAGGGGAUUUAUUCCCCAACUGCCCCGAGGACCGACCCUGCGACCUCAUUGUGGCAACACCCGCCACAUACCAACUCGGAUGACCCGUGGGUAGUCGAUUGGUAGUUGAAUUGGUGUAUGAUUGUGGAGGAAUGGAUGUGGUUGAUUAAUUUAGUUUGUUUCCAUGUUUGAUUUGUUUAGUCUUUGUUCGUAUGUAUUUUGGAUAUUGUAGUUAAUGUUUUGAUUCAUGUUGCUUAGUUAUUAGUUUACCUUCAUGUUAAUUGUUUAAGGUUAAUGUAGUUUACUUUCUUGCUUAA